AUGAAGUGUGGAAAGGCAGAUCAUGAACCAGCAGCAACAGAAGGGCAAAAGAAUAGUCUAGAAGAUUUAAUAGAGAAGAUAAUCACGACCAGUAAAUCACCGACUUUAAAACCGGUAGAAUUUGAUGGCGAUCCGAAAAUGUGGAGCCAGUUUAAAGAAUCAAUUCGCAACAGAAUGGAUUUAACGCCCAGCAGAAAUCCAUGCAUCUGUCAAGCAGUUUGA